UCUGCUGUUUCAUACAGAGGGAGAGAGAGAGGACUUCAACUUCAGGAACAGCAGACACACCAAAAAACUGAGCUGCAACUAUGUGAAUGAGGCAGAAAAAUUCUUUUUUCUUCUCCUACGCUUUUAGUCAGCUCCUAAAUGUCCUGGAUGACACAAACAGUGAUGCUUGGGGAAAAUCACAUGGCUGCAUUUUGUCUCAUUUAUACGGCUAUGUCAGACCUAACUUUGAAGUGAAGUUUAACACAUAGGUACAGCUGAAGUCUCCAUCAUCAGACUGAAUUGGAAAGAGCCCGUCAGUGUGAUGAACAGCAUGCUUCCUCAGAGGAGUGCUGUCACCACUCUGGGCUAUGGCUCAGACUGUGUGAAGAUUGAGCACAGCAGCAGUGGCUCAGUUGGUGGGACUUUGCUGAGGGGUUCCCGCUCGAAGGCAGAGCUACAAGAACUGAUGGAGACACUGCAGCGCAGGAAGAGUGCCCUGGAAGCUAGCUUGAGGGCAGCUGAAUGCAGCCGCAAGUACCUCAGUGUGCCUUCAUCUCCUGGAUCCCAGCCCACAAGGCCACUAUCAGUCCUCAGCAAUACCAACCCAUCAUCCUCCAGAACUUUCUCCUACAUGACAAGCAGCAGUGUGCCUCCAUCACCUCGCCAAGGUGAACGCCAGCUGAGCUCUAACGGCUUGCUGCGCCAUCCCCACUCUCGUCACCAAUCACAAGACAGUCUACUCCUCUCUAAUGCGGCGGAUGGAAGCUCUCUGCUCUCCUCCUAUGAGCAGCCCAUACCUCGUUCUCCCAGGGUCAAAAGUGGAGCAGCCAGUGUGCCAUCCAGCCCUCACAUGGGCCGCAGGCUUUACUCUCAGGGCAAAGCUGGAGGAGACUCCCGGCAGAGGAAAUACUCCACUGGCUCCCUCAAUAACCUGGGGAUGCACAGCCGGUCUCUGCCACGGCUUCACAACUCAGGAGAGCCCCCUGCUCUGUCGCUACCAUCACGCCACUCAGUGGGUUCCCACCGAGGAGUGGGCUCAGCAGGGCCACGACGCAGUCUCUCUUCCCUGGAGCAGCCACCAGAUGUGACUGUACCAGCCAGCAUGCCCAGCACUCCAAGGAGGGCCAGUCUAGCCUCUCUGAGCUCUUUGGGUGUAGACAUUGAUGCAACAGGUUUAGAUCUGGGUUUUGGAGAGAGGAGGUUAUCAUUUGGGAAGGGUGGGCUGGGUCCGGGACAGAGGGUGGGCAGCAUUAGCUCUUUGAAUGGCAAAGAGGAGCUGAGAGACUAUCACCAGCACCAGAGAGAUGAACGACUCAGGGAGCAGAAAGUGCAGAGAUUGGAGUGCCAGCGUCUAGAGACCAUCUUGAACCUGUGCACGGAGUUGGGCCAUGUGGAGCGAGAGCCAGCUGGCUCAGCUGUUUCUGACCUGCAAAAGAUCAAUAAGGAGUUGGAGAAGCUGCAGGUGUCAGACGAUGAGUCGGUGUUUUCUGACUCCCCCAGCAGCACCGCUCCAGAGAGCUGCUUUGGGGUCAAAGCCAGAGACUUCCAACUGUCUGAGGAGCAGCAGGUCAGCCAGCGUCAACAGAGCAGCUACAGAGAGGCCAGGUCCCAUUCACCUGCUAUCAGCCUCAACAGCAGUGCCCCUUCGCCCUCGACGCACCACAGGGUCAAAGCUUUGGAAAGCAUGCAGCUGAAAAAGGAAGUUACCCAUAUCGAGGAAGAGAGGAUUCAAGUACUGAACAACAUAGAAGAGCUGGAGCAGAAGAUCAAAGACCUGGACAACCAGAUGGAGGAGUCUGUCCGAGAGAUGGAGGUGGAGUGUGCUUUGCUGGAUGGGGAGCAGGAGUCAGAGAUGGCCCAGCUGCAGAGGGAAAAGGAGCUUCUGGACCAACUUAAGGAGAAGAUUCAUAGUAGUGAGAAGAGGAGCCACACUGAGAAGUCACAGGAGGCUGAGGACCAGACAAAAAGUCUGGUGGAUUCGGAGUUUCAGAAGUUGGAGAAAGAAAGUAAUCAGGGCGAGGAAAAACAGAAUCAGAGCCAAGAGCUGCUGCGAGAGAUCGCAGAGUAUCAGCGUCUUGCUGUCACGCGCAAGGUUGUGCAUGAAAAUAAAGCAGAAAGCAUGAACUUAUUACAAGAUACAACAGUACCAACAAUGGAAAGACUCAUGACACUGAAGAAACAGUCUUCACAGAUUACUUUACAGGCACAGCAAGAAAGAGAGAAUUUCCAGAGAGAGAAAAACAAUUUACUCGUCAUGCUUCAGAAGGAAAGAGAGAAACUGGUGUCUUUGGAAGGAAAAUAUGCAGAGUUGUCUGAGGGGCAGACCUUCACUAACAACCCUGUUGCCAUCACAGAGCACUUACACUCUCUGAAGGAAAGGAGAAGAAGCAGCAAAGAAGACAGUCUACCUCAUAAGAGGAGCCAACAGCUCCUUGCCUCUUAUGGCAGAUCCCUGGGACGCACGCUUCCUCCCAAGGCCCAUCUGCCUCUGUCCCAAAGUUCCAGUUGUGGCAGUGUCAUCCCACAAGGCUUCAGCUUCUCCCCUCGGGACCUGAACAUUCGACGCAUGCCCAAGACCAGCAACAGCCAUGCGCAUAUGAAUGAAGACAGACAGAGAAGAAGUGAUUUUUGCAGCAGGAUGGUCCCUGAGCCCAGCAUGUUCUUGGACUCCUCCUAUCCGGACAACAGCCAGGCCUCAGAUACUGUCAGUGUGGACAGCUCUGACAGCCUGGAGACCAGCUUCUCCGCCUGCUCCCCAGACAACAUGUCUAGUGCCAGUAUGUCCAAUAUGGCAAAGAUCGAGGAGAUGGAACGUUUACUCAAAGAGGCCCGAGUUGAAAAGCAGAGGCUCCUCGAGCAUCGGGAGCAUGAGCUGGAGAUGCGCAGGCAGGCUCUUGAAGAGGAGCGAAGAAGAAGGGAGGAACUGGAGAAACGACUGCAGGAGGAGACAAAUAGGAGACAGAGACUUGUAGAGAGAGAGGUGAAGCUCAGGGAGAAACAAAGAUCACAGUCCCGGCUGUUGACCCGUUACCUCCCCAUAAGGAAAGAUGACUUUGAUCUUCACGGCCAUAUUGAGGCAGCUGGACACAACCCAGAUGCGUGCUUCCAUCUGGCCAUCACUGAUAAAACUUGCCGAGGCUUUCUGGUCAAAAUGGGCGGCAAGAUCAAGACGUGGAAGAAACGCUGGUUCGUCUUUGACCAGAAUCGCAGGACACUCACCUACUAUGCUGAUAAACACGAGACCAAGAUGAAAGGAGUCAUUUACUUCCAAGCCAUAGAGGAGGUGUACUACGACCAUUUAAAGAAUGCUCACAAAAGCCCCAACCCCUCACUGACCUUCAGUGUGAAGACCCACGACCGGGUGUACUACAUGGUGGCUCCGUCGCCCGAGGCUAUGCGUAUCUGGAUGGAUGUUAUGGUUACAGGUGCCGAAGGACACAUGCAUUUCAUGGUGUAACUGAUUCCAACGCUAGAUUUCAUUGGUAAACACUCACAGGUGUAGGUUUAUUGAGGUCUGCGUGCGGCAAUGUAAGAAACACGUUGUGUGGAGCUGAGAUGGAUGGAUCAGGUCACCAAAAAUGGACUUCUGUUUACAUUAGUGGUAUUUGUAGCCUAUGACUCAUGCUCAAAAGCAUACUUUAUAUUCUAACCAUGUAUAAGAGUUUAAAAAAAUGAUAUAUAAGUUCCAUAAUUAAGCUAUUUACUUAUUUUUUUUAUUUCUUAUAUGUACCGUGAGUGGCUGAAGUAUGACUAAAUCUUUAAGCUGUUACAUUUACGAGACUCUGCUUGUCUCACACUCUCCAUGCUAUGUCUGACAGUUAAAACUUCAGGGAUCAGGGGAAGCUUCUACUGAUCAGAAACCCAACAUUUGCUACACUUCUACACUAUGUCACACACUAUGCUGCUUCUCUGUAAUAUAUCUGUCUAACAGCUCUCUAUAAACUGUAGCCUCCUGUAAUGUACGCACAUAUUCAAACUGGAGUUGAAGUCAUAGGUCCAUCUCUGUUUCUUUUUCCUCUCUACUUCUGGUUGGACUCCACCUUUUCACUGUCUCUAUAUCUUAGUCAGCUGUAUCAGUUGGUCAGCAGCUCUUUGUGAUCUCUCCCCCUCCCCACUCUAUCUGUGGUUACAAUAGUACACAUCAUUUUUAUUUCUAUAUUAUUGCUAAUAUCCAAAAAGACUGGUAUGUGUGUGUGUGUGUGUGUGUGUGUCUUAUUUUGCAUUUUUUAGCUCAGGCAUUUUGAUUACUGCUGCCAGAUUACCAGCAUAAGCUGGUCUUGUCUGCUUAUUUAAAGCAGGGCUGAAUGUCCGUCAUCAGUAUUCCUUCAAACCUCUCUGUUUGCAUCACUUUUAUUCCGAUGAGUCUUUAUUUGGACUUUUCUUGGCAUAUGCAAAAGAGAUGAUUAUAGGCACUUUUUUACAUUUUAUUGUAAUUAUUUUUUUUUUGUAAUUUCUGGUCAUUGUCUACUCAUGACAGUAGAGAAUUUGCCCACAUCACAAUGGUACUGUAUUUUGUGCCUACCGCUGUGCAGCAAGCUCCCUCUUUCUGUAUAACAGGUAUGAUGAGGCCAUGUUGUGCAGUGGUGCUACAUGUUCUCAUGUGUCACCCACACAGUCCUUAGGAUUUCGUUAUGUCUUUUCACCAGCAGAGGUCCGCAGUGCUCAGUUAUUGCACUGAAAUGAUGUAAUGCCCCAGCUGGUCAGCCCAUACUCAAAUUAAUGUGCGUGUGUGUAAUGCUUAUACAUCAAGCAUGUGCAUAUAUAAGCACGUUUAUAGCUUCAGCUUAAGUAAAACAUAAAUUAUUAUGAACACAAAAUCAUUUGUUUAAUUUUAUUUGUCGUGUGUUAUAAAAAUCCAUAUAUUUCAUCUGUAUAUUCUUUGACUAAUCGCAUCAGUCUGACUGUAUUUGAUAAUGAAAGAUGACUGUAACAUAAAGGGACCAGCUGUUUGUUUACAGACUACAGAUCAGUAUUGCAGAUUACUUUUCAAAUGGCUACAUUUAUAUACAUUUUUAA